AUGCCUUCAUUGCUCAACCUACGAGGUCAUCGACUUGCGGUUGUUCGCAUCGCAUUGGUCGUCCUGCCAGCUUUCCUGCUGUUCGGGUACAAUCAAUCGUCGACAGGAGGUAUUCUGGGUUAUCCUCCGUUCGUCCAUACGUUUCCAGAGAUCGAUACCGUCGAUGCAAAGGGCGGGAAUAAAGUGCACAAGGCUACCAUCCAGGGCACCGUCGUAGCUAUCUAUACCAUCGGCUGCUUGUUUGGCGCCCUGUUUGCCGUGCCCCUUGGGAAUCGCUAUGGUCGUCGACGUGCGUUGGCCGUCCAUGCCGUUGUUGGUAUUAUCGGACAAACGCUCCAGGCUUCGUCCUUUUCGCUUGCUCAACUCAUCGUCGGUCGCAUAGUCACAGGCCUGGGAGUCGGUGGCAUCAAUGCACUCGUUCCAGUCUGGCAAUCUGAGUGCACCAAGCCCAAGAGUCGCGGCAGAAAUGUAGUGGUGAUUGGAAUCUUCGUAGCUACUGGUCAAGCGAUGGCGUCCUGGGUCAACUAUGGCUUGGGCGUGAUUCCGCACAGCCAGGUCGCAUGGAGGCUGCCACUCGCGAUCCCUAUCAUCUUCAUUCUCAUGCUUUUGGCUUCUGUGUUCUUCUUCCCCGAGUCGCCCGUGUGGCUUGCACAGAAAGGCCGCAUCAACGAGGCCACACAUGUCUAUGCCAUCCUGGACGAUAUGGCGGACGACUCAGACGAGCUUCGAAUCAAAGCAACUGCUGUCUUCGACUCGUUUGAAAUUCAUCGCCAACGCACCGUCAAGGGCUGGGCGAGGAUCCUGUCGAAACGUCAAGAGGAGGAGUUCUACCGAGCCUGUCUCGCUUUUGCGGUCAACUUCAACGCUCAGAUGACGGGCGCGAAUGGGGUAACAUACUACGCCAACACGAUCUUCACAGAGUCGCUGCAUUUUGCGACCCGGGAGGCAGCUGUCCUGAGCGCAUCGUUGCUGAGCUGGAAGAUAUUGGUCUGCCUAAUCCCACUCAUGAUUGUCGAUCGCUACGGUCGUAAGCCUCUUUUCAUUAUUUCUGGAUCCGGAAUGAGUCUAGCGAUGGUCAGCCUGGCCGCGACUGUCUCGCAGCUGGACCACAGCGUCGGGUCGGGGAGGGCAGCCGUCUUCUUCCUGUUCUUGUACAUGACAUUCUUUCCAGUGGGCUAUCUGGGCGCCAACUUCUUGUACGCGACCGAGAUUGGAGUCUCCGAGCUUCGUGUUCACUUCUCUGCAAUCGGAACAGCUACUCACUGGCUCUUCAACUUCGUCAUCGCCGAGAUCAUUCCGACAUGCUUUGCGUCAAUUGGAUAUCAAACAUACAUCAUCUUUGCGGUCAUAUCAGCUGCGACAGUACCGCUUGUUCUGUUCAUAUUUCCCGAGACCAAAGGCCGGUCGCUGGAGCAAAUCGACGAGAUCUUCUUUUCGGCAGACAAGUGGUAUAAAGUGACCAGAGACUUCAAAAGAUCCUCGCCCCAGGAUAUGGAAAGUUCUGGUACUGCAGACGGGAAGAUCGAGCGUGUUCAUGCUUCCCCUGACGAAAAGGAGGCGGAGGACACUGAGGAAAUCGAAGACAUGUCCACGAACUGA